CAACUCCAAUAGACUAAAAAAAGUUUAUUUAAUUUGCUGCCAAAUAUAUUCCCUUGUUUUUCUUUCUAUAUAUAUAUAUAUAUUAGAACUCCAAACUCACAACACAAAGAAUGCUCCAAAAUAUGAUUAUAAACAACCAAAAUCUCUAAUUUUUCUCUAAAUGAAGGAAUUUGAGUAUAAAGAGCUUGAAAAAGCCACAGAAAAUUUCUCACAAUCAAGACUCAUUGGUAAAGGAAGUCAUGGAUGUGUAUAUAAAGGCAUAUUAGAAGAAGGUAAGAAUAUUAUAGCUAUAAAGAAACAAUCAUUGGGUCUUCAAAAAAUUCAAGAUAACUCCAAACUCGAAAACGAAGUAAGUAUUCUAUCUUCUUUGCCUGAAAACUCUUUCAUCGUUAACUUUCUUGGAACGAGUCAUCAUGACUCGUCCAAGAAUGAAACAUUUCUCAUCAUGGAGUACUUGCCAAAUGGCACCCUUUAUCAAAUGCUUCAUGCAAAAAAUAAUAUCAUUCCUAAUUGGCCUAAACGUGCCCAAAUAGCCAUUCAAAUUGCUAAAGCAAUCCAAUUUCUUCACCAAACUAAGCCUAAUUCAAUUGUUCAUAGAGAUAUAAAGUCAGCCAAUAUUUUGUUUGAUUCAAAUUGGAAUGCUAAGUUGGCUGAUCUUGGACUUGCUUUAAGGAUGAAAAAUGAUGAUCAGGACGAGUCACCCAGUUAUAGUUAUAACUCGGUUACUCGUCCUGCUGGUACGAUUGGAUAUCUAGAUCCUGAUUACACCAAACCAAGUAAAUUAAGCACGAAAAACGAUGUGUUUAGUUUUGGGGUCCUACUAUUCGAAAUUAUGUCUUCAAGAAAGGCGAUCGAUGUAUCGAAAUCGCCUGUUUCUAUAGUUGAUUGGGCAACAAAAUUAGUUCAAGAAGGACAAAGUUUGGAAAUUUGUGAUAAAAGAAUGCAUGUACCAUGGUACAUGGAGGCCACGAUAAAGAACAUGUUAAGCAUAGCAACACGUUGUGUCUCUCCAAAGAAAAUAACAAGACCAACAAUUGAAGAAAUUGUGAUGGAAAUGGAGAAUGUGAUAAUUGAGCCAAUUAAGUAUCCAUUAUGGAAUAUAUUACGAGGCCUAACACUUUUGAGAAGGAAAAGAAAAAGAUGUAGAAAAAAUUGUUGUAUUAUUACUACAAAUAAUGUUACCAAGACAUGUGCACAACAUGAAAAGAAGUUGUUGAUUAGGGAAAUAUUGGCAGAUAAAGUCACAGAGUAGAUGAAGAGGCGAAUUCAUAAUUCAAUUUUUGUGUAUCCUUAUGGUUUAAUUGCAAUUUUGCAAAAAAAAGAAGAAGUCAUAUUCGGUAUAUAAAUUAGAGUGUUCUAUUGAAUCAUUGUAUUAAAAAAAUUUAAAAGAAAAGCCAUAUUCACCUAUGAUUUGAUGAAUGAUGAUGAGGAUGAAUAGUAAUUAUUAUUUUUGUUUACGGUAACAAUACUUUUUAUCGAAGCAGAAUAAGUCUAAUAUCCGAUGAGUGGAUUACAACUCGGAGCAGUUAAUCCACGGAGCAGUCAAUAAAGAGGCUUUUUAGGGGGCAUGCAUUGCCAAACACAAGAUUCCAAAAGUAGGUAGAAGUGGGAUUAUUUAUCAAAAGAUAUUGUAAUUUACUACUUAUUUUGUAUGGUGUUUUUCCUAUAAAUGACGUGUUAUUUUUUGGUGUGUA